AUGGCUCGGCCGCAUCUCCCAGCAUGGCUUCACGACAAAGGCCUUCGGUCACUGUACCUUUGGCUUCCAGUCGUCAUCUUGAGUAGCUCCUAUCAAGGAUUUGAUGGCAUGAUCAUGAAUGGUCUUCAGUUGCUGCCUUCGUGGCAGGAGGAAUUCGACUACCCCAAGGGCCCGAUCCUCGGUCUUCUCAACUCGAUCCAAACAGUCGGUGCAAUGCUAGCCCUUCCAGCCAUCACCCCCGUUGUCGACAAAUUUGGUCGCCGCAAGUCCAUCUUCUUUGGAGCCGCCUGGACCAUCGUCGGCGCUAUUCUACAGGCUUCUUCCAAGCAGAUCCCCCAGUUUGUCAUUUCACGUUUCUUGAUCGGCUUUGGAUUGGCAUUCACUGUUGUUGGCGCUCCACUUCUUUUGGCGGAGCUCGCUCUUCCCAAGCACCGUGGUGCUAUCAUUUCAUACUAUCCAACUUGUUGGUACCUCGGCGCCAUCAUUGCGGCGUGGGUGACUUAUGGAACUCACAAGAUCGACAACGCUUGGUCUUGGAGAAUCCCUAGUCUGCUUCAAGGUGUACCGGCUUCCCUACAGCUGUUACUUAUCUGGUUUGUCCCUGAGAGUCCUCGUUGGUUGAUCUCCAAGGGUCGAGGCAAGGAAGCCAGGGAUAUCCUCGUCAGGCACCACGCCAACGGAAAUGAGCGAAGCUCUCUCGUUGAUCUGGAGUAUACUGAGAUCAAGGAAAGCAUUGAGAGUGAUGCCUCUGUCAAGGCAAAGACCGGAUGGCUGGACCUGGUGCGAACUGCAGGCAACCGACGACGCCUGAUCAUUGUCUUCUUUGCUGGUCUUUUCAUUGAGAUUUCGGGCAAUGGCCUUGUGCAAUACUAUCUGCAUUCUGUCCUCCUGAGCAUCGGCAUCACCAACACGACAACCCAAGUCACCAUCAACGGCUGCCUUUCCAUCUACAACUUUGUCCUCGCCAGCAUCGCAGCUCUAUUUGUGGAGAGGGUCGGCAGACGAAAGCUGUUUAUUGCAUCGACGGCUGGAAUGUUUCUUGCCUUUAUUCUCUGGACGACAUUUGCUGCGCUGUUUACCACACAUGGAACUUCUGGAUAUGCCAUUGGCGUUCUGGUCGCCAUCUUCCUCAGCAACGGCGCUUAUGAUAUCGGCUGGACCCCUCUGUGGGCUUACCCAGCCGAGAUCCUGUCAUACGACAUUCGAGCUCGCGGCGUCACUUUUCAGACCGGCAUCAUGCACGCCUUUGGCUUCUUUGGUACUUUUGUCAACCCAAUUGGUCUGCAGAAUGUCGGGUGGAGAUACUACAUCGCUUACAUCGUGUACACGUUCCUGGAGUUGGUUGUUGUCUGGUACUUUUUCGUCGAAACCAAGGGCUUUACACUUGAGGAGAUUGCAGUCAUCUUUGAUACGGAAGGCUUGUCUUGGAAGCAGCGCCGCAACAUGAAGCCCACUCCUCGUUCGUCCGACUCGCUGGCGGCUUCAGAGAGUGGUGACCUGGAUGCCAAGAACACGGCUGCAGCAACUGAAAAGCGGGUUUCCGAUGAUAAGAUCUAA